UUAUGGGCUUUGGGUGGGUGCAGUCCCUUGUUCCCGACUUCCCAUGGUGAAGCCAUAGCCCCCUUUCCAUCUCUUUUUGGUUUCCCUGAAUAGGUAUUUGACUAGGAAAAUAUGUUCUGCUUUUAAACCUUGUUUCUGCUGCUUUUUGGGCCUCCCUUUGAUGGGUUGUCCGUGAUCUCUGGGUUACCGUGGUGAAUUGUGUGGCCUUUGAGACCUGGUGCUGCACCUUUUGGUGGCAUUUUUUUAUGUCAAUUGCCUCAUAACCCCCAGCUUGUUUUUCCUUAUUAUAGGCAUCAGUCUGGGAGCUGUACUACUCAUUUGAUUUGUAUCUAUGGGCCUCCACCUUUAUCAUCCAUUUUUGCAGGGAUAGUAGCUCUGAUCUUUCCAUGUGUUGUAACAAAAGGUGGUAUGGGCACAGGAGAUUUAGUCUCAGACUCUCUGGAUAAUGCUGUUAUUUGGAUCUUUAAUCUCAUCUUCAACAGCUGAAGACAAAGUUCUGCCAUUAACAUGAGCAUCUCAUGCUUGAGAUACAAAUACCCAAAAGAGUUUCUCCCUGUAAGUUCUUUCUUUCCUUUGCUGCUUGUAGGCUUUCAUCCAACUCCCCAUUCCAUGAGAAACUUCUUUAGGCUUUUGUCAAAUGUUCCAUUCCAAAUGAACAUAUAUUAUGAUGCAUAUUUUAUGAACUUCUUCAAGGAAUAGGUGUAGCUUGUGAUUUUUCUUCUUCUCUUUCAGCUUUCAUUCUUGAGCUACUCUUCUGUUGGCGAAAAUCAACAUUUUGAUAACCUCUACCAAGCUUCAUUUUUUCCUUCAUGGAUGAAUCAUCUCCACCUGAAGCUCCUCAGGACCUUCCCAUCUGCAGUGAGUUCUCGGAUUCCACGGAACCAAACUCAAAGACACUGACCAUCAAAAUAGCAAAAUCGUCGGUCGAUAAUGGCGACAAAUCAGUCUCCAUCUCUCCUUCCAUUUCUAUCUCUCCACACUUGAACUCCCCCUCUCCACCGUCCUCUGCAUUUGUUUCCGCAUUGCAGUCACCAUAUAUAUCUCCAAGGGCCUUAGAACCACCACCAGAUAGCAACACCACUCCAUCUGCGACCCUCCCAUCUCCAAACUCUUAUUCUGGUUCCCAUUCUGAUGAUAUCCCAAGCACUUCCUACACUCCUCCAUCAUCAGAAAGAUAUGAUUUUUCCGUCGACCCAACUGAUCAAAAGCCAAAGUUCUCCGAUGCCGCCCGGGUCUCAUUCUCCUUCCCUGCCCCCCGAAUCUCUAUCACAAAAGGCUCUGUCUCCCCUUCCUCCAAUACCAAGCUCCGGAGCUGCGAUGUUUACAUUGGAUUUCAUGGCCAAAACAUUAAUCUCAUCCGCUUCUGCAAGUGGCUCAAGUCUGAGCUCGAGCUCCAAGGAAUAGCCUCAUUCGCCGCUGAUCGAGCAAAGUACUCAGAUACGCAGAGCCACGAGAUUGCCGAUCGAAUUAUAUGCUCGGCAACCUUUGGCGUUGUCGUUGUGACUCCAUCGAGCUUUCUUAAUGCUCUCAGUGCGGAGGAGAUAAGAUUCUUCGCUCAGAAGAAAAAUCUAAUCCCCCUUUUGUUUGAUACCGAGCUUUCCAAGAUCGCGGGUCUCCUAGAUGGGAGGUUGGAGGAUAAGGAAUGCAAGGAGGCCUUUGAGGGGCUAAGCAGGAGCAAUGAGUUCAAGCUUGAAGCAAAUGAUAGCAGCUGGAGGAGUUGUGUAUCGAAAACGGUCGGCAUCUUACAAUCAAAGCUUGGAAGGAAUAGCAUUGCUGCGAAGGAGACCGAAGUCUUUGAGGAACUACCCUUUCCUAGAAACAGACAUUUCGUCGGGAGGGAGAAGGAGCUGACAGAGAUCGAAGCUGCUUUCUUUGGAUGCGGCGAUGUUUAUGAAAUGGAGUGUCCAAAGCCUGUGCCGAUGACUACUGGUGGAUCAAGUCGAUUUUCUGAUGGAUUUGCUGAUGAGGAGAGUGAUACAGUGAGAACCAACGGGAGAUAUAUCAGCUUGGAAAUGAGAAAGUGCAAGGAGCCUACUUUGGAGGCUUGGAUCGAUCCGGUAAUCGAACUGACAAGCAAAGGAAGCCGACUACAGAAGCAGAGAUCGAAACACAAGAAAUCAAGAAGUGUGGGGAGCAAGGGUCAUCAUGGUAAUGCCAGUGUGAUGUGCAUAAAUGGGAUCUCGGGAAUCGGCAAGACAGAGCUUGCACUGGAGUUCGCCUACAGAUACUCUCAGAGAUACAAGAUGGUCUUGUGGGUUGGUGGAGAGGCAAUGUAUUUCAGGCAGAAUAUAUUGAACUUGUCGAUGAAUCUGGGAUUGGAUGUUAGUGCUGAAGCUGAGAAGGAAAGAGGAAGGAUGAGGAGCUUCGAUGAGCAAGAGUUUGACGCAUUCCAGAGGGUGAGGAGGGAGCUGUUCAGAGAUGUUCCUUACUUGCUAGUAAUUGACAAUCUCGAGACAGAGAAGGAAUGGUGGGAAGGAAAGGACCUGCAUGAUUUAAUUCCGAGGAACACUGGUGCUACCCAUGUCAUCGUGACAACCCGGCUCUCAAAGGUGAUGAGCUUUGAGCCCAUGCAGCUCCCACCGCUGUCCUCGGCCGACUCGUUGCUGCUGAUCAAAGGAAGACGGAAGAAGGACUACCCUGCCGAGGAACUGGAAGUCCUUAGAAAAUUUGAUGAGAGAUUAGGAAGAUUGAGCUUCGGGUUGUGGGUGAUCGGGUCGCUGCUAUCCGAGCUACCAAUCUCUCCGUCCGCACUAUUCGAAGCCAUCGAAAGAAUCUCCCUCGGUGAGAAUUUCUCCUCUUUGUGCGCUACCGAUAAUGGUGAUGGAUUCUGCAGGAACAACCCUUACUUGAUGAAGAUCCUGGCAUUUUGCUUAGCCAUCUUGGAUCGAGAUAGAGGAGGAAGCCUUGCAUCGCGAAUGGUUCUUACCGGUGCUUGGUUUGCUCCUGCUCCUGUCUCGUCAACUCUAUUGGCUGCUGCAGCUAAUAAACUGGCUGCAAAAGAAAAUGGCUUCCAUCAAUGGGGUAAAGGUCUCGCAAUGGCCUUCAGUUGCUGCUCCACCUGCUGUUUCUUAGCUCGCCAUGCUCGGAAGAAUGAAGUGGAGUCUGCUCUCGUGCUGGUUAAACUGGGCCUGGCGAAAAGAACCAUGAGACAACCCGGUUGCUGGAUCCAGUUCCACCCAAUCACCCAGAUGUUUGCAAAGAGGAGAGGUGGGUUGCCACCAGCCAAGUUCAUGGUUCGAGGCAUGAAGAAGGUCGGUAAUGCCGCAGCAGCGAACUCAGAUCACCUCUGGGCUUCUGCAUUCCUUGUAUUCGGUUUCAAGUCGGAACCCCCGCUCGUCCAGCUCGAGGCAGCUGACAUGGUUCUCUUCAUCAAGAAGACAGCUCUUCCAUUAGCGAUCCGAUCGUUCAUGACGUUCUCAAGGUGCAAUUCGGCUCUGGAGCUGCUCAAGGUGUGCACGAAUGGGCUCGAGGAGGUGGAGAAAUCGUUUGUGUCGCAGAUACAAGAUUGGCGUCAUGAGUCCUUGUGCUGGAGCAAGAAGCUCAAAUCCAACCGGAGGGUGGAUGAGUAUGUGUGGCAAGAUGUGAUACUCCUCAAGGCCACAUUGCUUGAGACCAGAGCUAAGCUGAUGCUUAGAGGGGGGUACUUCGACAGUGGGGAGGAACUUUGCAGGACAUGUAUUAGCAUUAGAACUGUGAUGCUUGGACGCACUCAUUCCCAGUCUCUAGCUGCUCAAGAAACACUAGCAAAGUUGGUCAGGUAUAGAGGCAAGUUAUGAAGCUGCUUCCAGCACUACUGCCAAAUCUCUACAUUUCAAUCAUGCUGAUUGAUAUAAAUCCUAGCCUUAUGCUUAGAUUUUGUUAGUCUUAUACUUGAUAAGUGCAUGCAGGUUACUGUUUUUCAUUGGGAAGAGCAGCUUAGAGGGUCAUUAAUAACAGAAUUGGCCUUGUAUUCAUAUAGAACAAUGUCACAAUUUUUUUUUUGAAUCCAUAAUACAGACUUCAUAUCAA